AUGGGCCCUCAAUUCGUAGGGUGGCGACUCGGCGUACUACACUUUGGAAUUUGGGUUUCGAUUGUCUUUGUGCUUAAUCUCACCGCGACGAUAUGGGGCUCUUUAGCUUCUAGGAAAGAUAGGGGUGUUCUCUUCGAAGGCGAGUGUGUUUUUACAAAACGGCUAAACACUGGACUGCGUGUCCUAAUCAACCUGCUGAGUGCAAUUCUCUUAGCUGGGUCUAACUACACCAUGCAAUGCAUGUCUUCACCCACACGACAAGAAAUCGAUCGGUCGCACGCACUAUCACCUUUUCUUCCUCUCCAGAUAGGUAUUCCAGGUAUUCGAAACCUCACCAAGAUCGGACGCCACCGAGCAAUACUAUGGUGUCUUCUAGGAGCUUCAUCUCUCCCCUUGCACCUAUUGUAA